GUUCUACAUUGCUGCCCACGGUUCUCUAUAUAGAGGUCAGGCACAGCAGGAUGGAAUCAGACUCAGUGCAGAAGGCUCACACACAGGUUCACAGAUAUAGCCAUGAGGUUGUUUGUGGUGCUUGCUCUUGUUGCUUUUACUGGCUGUCAAGCCAAUGUUCUGAGGUCAGACGAACCCACGCCACAACUGGAGCAGGUGAAAGAUGCAUUCUGGGACUACUUUGUCAAGGCAUCACAAAAGGCCCAAGGUGCUUUGAAAACCAUCGGAGAGUCUGAGUUGGCACAGCAAAUGAAUGCCAAGAUCAAAGAGAGUGUGGAAGUGGUCCAACAAUACAGAGGAAUUGUGCAGAAACAGGUGAUCGUCAUCAGUGACGAGUUACAUAAAAAAGUUUCUGAACAUGUGGAACAGCUGUCAGAGAGCCUGCAGCCGGAUAUAAAUGAAGUGAGGGUCCAGCUGGAGCCCCUAGCAGAGUUGCUGAGGGCCAACAUUCAGCAGCAGAUGCAGAAGGCGAGGCAGGUGCUGGACCCCUACACAGAGUCCCUGGACACUAACGCCCUGAGGAACACGUUGCGUAACAUAAUUUGGAAACUGUUGGGAACCGUAGAAUCGAGUCUGACUGAGCUGCAAUCCCAGCUGGGCCCCUCCACGGAGGAGUUGAAGGGGAAAGUGGAGGAGAGCAUGCAGGAGUUCUGGGAAGUUGUGCGGCUCCUGGAUAGAAGCCUCCAAAAAGAGAUCUUCAACAAAAUCUGGGUGCUUGACCGGACCCUGUACCCCUAUGUUGAGGACCUGAAGGAGAAGCUUGAUCCCUACAUCCAGGGCCUCGAAUCCCAGCUCACCGCUCUCUGGGAGUCUUCUGCCAAAAGUGCCUAAGUGCAGGAGGAACCACUCUCUGCUCCCCUUAUCGAUUCUAACUGCCUGAAUCUCUCUGGGACUCCAAUAACGCAUGAUCAUCUUUUCUUGAUGUUCUCUUCCAGUUCCUGUCAGCUAUUGAGUGGCUCUUUCUUACUUUUCAUGUACUAUUAACAACAUUGAAGACCCACAGCAAUUAUGAUGUCAUUCCUUUGUUCAGGAAGAGCUAAGAGGAUACUCUGAUACUGAAGCAAAGCAUUUCACUUUUUUCAUGACUGCUUAGAUAUGUUUUUUUUUCCAUGUUCUGUAAAAAUUGAUGGAUGCUGUGUUCACAGAUUUCUAACUUUCUGAAAUAAAGGCAAGAAAAUGAAUUA